AUGUGCCGUUGCAGGUCCUUCAACGCAUGGAACACAACGAGCCGUCCGCCUGGGAAAAAGGCGCGCACAGCUCAGAUUGUGUCGCCUGCGGAGCGCGGGAUGGACGAUGAGAACGCUCCGGAUAUCGACGAAGUCAUAGCCACACUCAGACGUGGACAACAAGGAGGGGUUGAGCAUCAGCCUCAAGAAGCGAGCCGCGGAGACGAAGCGCUCCUCGGUGACGGAGACGCGAAUCCUAAAAGACCCGAGGCGGCCGUUCACGAAAUAAGCUCCUCUGGGAUGUUUGCGCUCGACGCUCAUCCGGACGUCGCGGAUAUCGACAAGCUCCGAUUCGUCUGGGAAGCAGUAGGCGAGGAAGAAGAAGAACAAGAAGUAACAGAAGCUGCCAGGGAGCAGAGGAAGAGGAGGACCUGGGCAGGAUCGGCAGCUCUGCGGCAAGGAUCGGGCCUAGAGCCAUACAUCUCCGUGUCUCGCGGUGAGGAUUUUUCUGACUCCUCCGACCCUUGUUUUUUUGCGAAGACGUUCCCGACUCUGAUCCCGUUUGGCUGCGGCGGCCCCCGGCUGGCGGAGGAAAGCAUCGCGAUCUCAGAUGACAGAAGGGGCACGGGAGUGGAUGAAGGCGCCGUGGCAGGAGCAGCGACGGCGGCGGAGGUGGCAGCCAGGAGUCUGCUAUCGUCGCGGAACAUGAGCCUCGCGACAUGGGCUGAGGUGGUCCUGAGGCGGCACGGCGGUCGGUUCGCAACCCAUCACGUCUUCGCCUUUCUCGUCUUCAACCUGGGCGUCAGGUCGAGGAAUCGCCGAGUGAGCAUGCUGAGCGUGUCGAGGAAAGAGUUUCCGGCCGUGGAGCGUAUCGUACGGUCCCUGAGCAGGGAGAGGCUGGAGUUGGCUCAGAGGGAGCUGGAGCUCUCGGACCAGACCGCGGACGAGGGCAUCAAGGAGCUGCUCAGAAGCAUUUCCCUGUACGGAUUCCGGCAGCCGAUGUCGAGGGAGCAUCGGCUCAGCCUGCGACGCAAAAUCAAGUCCCUCAUCAUCCGAUAUGGCAUCCCCGCCAUCUGGUUCACGCUCAACCCGAACGACAUCACCAACCCAGUGAAGCUGCGGCUAGCCGCAUACCGAACACACGAUCCUGAAGGUGCCGAGGCUUUCUUGAGAAGUCUGGAUAUGACGUACAAGCGCGCGCGGCUGGCCAUAUCCGACCCGGUGAGCUCUGCCAUCUUCUUCCACAGGGAGAUCUCGUUGUUCUUCGAGCAUUACGUCAAGGUGGGAGAGGAGUCGGUCUUUGGGCAGAUCAGCCAGUGUUUCGGAGCUGUCGAGGCGAACGAACGAGGAGCGCUCCACGUGCAUGGGCUGCUGUGGCUGCAUGGAAACAUGCAGCUGAGUUCGGUCUUGGCCGACGUCCGUGGCGAGGAGGGUGCUUCGUAUGGCGACCGCAUCGUUGAGCUCAAGCUGACAUUUUUCGAUACUGACACGCAGGACCUGGACCAGGAGUCGUUUUGCGCCGUCCGGGCGGAGAGGUCUGUAACUGCGGACAUAUCACCACUGCUGCAGGACAGCCAACAGUUCGUUGCAGCUUUUGACGAAGAAGCCAACUUCUGCGCCGGAGCGACGCAGAUACACACGCACAGUCCGACCUGCGUGAAAUACUCCCUGGGGAGGCCUGAAGGCAAGCGAGACCUUUGCCGCUUCAAGGCUCCAUGGAAGCUAGUCGAGAAGACCGGGUUCGAUGCAGACGGGGUGUUGCAGAUCCGACGCACGCAUAGCAUGGUGAACAGGUGGAACAAGGCGAUUGCCGUGGGCCUUCGGCACAACCAUGAUAUCUCGUUCAUUGCGACGCAAUGUAUGACCAUGGCACUUGUAUACUACCUGACGAACUACGCAACUAAGGUUGAGGAUCCAAUGUGGAAGCGCGUAGCCGCGGCGGCAGAGGUGCUGGGCUCGUUAGACGGUGGUGAGCCAAGGCAGGACUGUGUGGCAGCGGCGGCUGCGACUGCGACUGCGACUGCGAGGGAUGUGAGCGACCGAGAUGGUAUCGGGCAAAACAAGACACGGCAAUUCCUGAUGAAAGUGGCAAAUCGCGUCUUCACCGAACGACCUCUGUCGCAGGUCGAGGUCGCCGCGCAUCUGUUGGGAUACGAGACCGAGUUUUCUAACAGCGCGGUCUGGACGUUCUUAAACGUAUCUGUGCUGUACUGGCACAUCUUCCGGCGAUGGCAUCAUCUUCGCUGUGCGAGCGGUGCCGAGGCCUUAGAUCAGCCGACUGAUGACUCCGUCCUCGUGGAGCAGACUGGCCGGAGAAUUUCGUUCUUUGAGGCAUACCAUCACCGUGGUGAGGCCCUUCGUGACCUCUGUCUAUAUGACUACGUGUCGUUGGUCAAGCUGAAACGAAAGAGCAGUGGCAGACGGGGAGGAGCCGCCACCUGGGGGGAGGUUCCUUUUCAGGGUGGCACGCCGUUUGCGGACACGUGGGUGCAGGUAUUGCGCCGUCCAGGUGAGCACGCUGUCGUCUGUCUGGACGGAUACCUAAGCAUGGAUUUCUCUCAGGAUGACGAUGACGACGGCCGGGGCCAUGAGAGGGCCGCCGUGCAGCAUCUAGCCCUGUUCGUGCCGUGGGAGUGCUUUUUAUCCGAGUCUGGGGGUGAUAUCGGGGAAAUAUGGGUGAGGCACAAGGAGACUCUGAGCCGGAGGGUCUCGUCCAUCCUAGACAAUAUUCAACUGCUCCGGCGAUCGGCGGAAGAUGCACAGCGCGAUGCUAGACAAUGGGCCGCAUCGUCAGGAGAGGAGGAUCACGUGGCCGGGGAGACCGGGUCGGGCGGUGCGGUCGAGGGAGACGACGAAGCGCAAUCUGCGUACCGCUCCGACGACAUCGGGGACGCCACGCGGCUUAUUGACGUCGUGAGAAACGCGGCAGGGGCAAAUCAGAUCACGGGCGAUUCUAAGGAGCUAUCAGCGAUGAUGCAGCAGCUCUGCCGUUUCCAGCACGCGGCGCUGGGCUCAACGUCCGAGCUGCGGGCCAGGAUCGCCGUCGAAUCAGAAGGAAGAAUGGUAACCUGGCCGGCAGGGCCAUUCACGGGAGCCGAAGUCCCAGCACAGAGGCUGCUGAAGUCCAUCAAAUCACAGCAAACGAGCGCCUCGAGAGAGACGGAGAAGACGAUCCAGGGGAUCCAGGGCCUGACCGAGCGGAACGCGACCAGCCGCAGCGCAGCCGUAGAUGGUGUGCUGAGCGGGUUUGGGGAGCAGGACGUCCAGCUGACGGCUGCAGACCCUGAGGAGAGCACGCUAGCUCGACCUGAUCCUGCGUGGUGA